UGAUCGAUCUUAUUGCUUGAUCGGGAUGGGUGCUCGGUCUUGGACUUACACCAGAACGGGUCAGCUAGCCAACCAGAAUACGACCUGCCUAAGACAAAAAAAUAAAAUAGGUCAGAAAAGGGAAAAAAAAGGGUGUUCGUGACACACGUGGUAGUGAGCGAGAGUGGAAAAAAACAAAACAAGAAACAUACAGGAAAAAAGCAAUUGGACCUACAUACAUACAUACAUACAAUACCUACAUAUACAUACAUACCUCAUACAUACGUAUACAAAUCUAUACAAGGCCUUACGUAUCAAGCAUGGGUCUCUUCUCACGAAGGUCCAAAACGCCGAAGCCGGUCAAGGCCACGGCGGGCGCGGAUGGGGGAGGAGGAUUGGGGACGGGGAACGACUCGGCCAGCCUCAACUCGGAAGGGUCCAACAUGAGGAGCUCGUCGACGGGCAACUCGCGACUGCAGAUUCACAAUACCAACCGCACGUCGGCCAGCAGCGUACAGACGCCCCUAACUCCCAUGACGCCGCAUCACCCCCUGCCCCGAAUCAACCUGCCGAAACCGCCAGACCCGUCGCUCGACGCGGUGGGCUACCUCAAGAGCCUCGGCUCCGUACGCGAGCGCUCCAAGAUCGUGACCGACAAGGCUCUGCGCAACUCCCUAAGCCAUUUCGACGUGGACAUGGCCAAGUUUCCCGAUGUGGUCACGUUCGUAUGCGGUAUCAUCAAGCGAGACUUCGACCCGCCGUUUUCCUCCAUCCCGCCCCACGGCCGGUAUCAGCACUUCUGCGUCGGCGGCCGGGAUCGGGUCGCCAACCUGCUCGCCACCUUCCCCCAGAACGUCGACAGCACCGAGAAAUGUCGCAGCCUGAUCGAUCUGUUCCUCGUCAGCGUCCUGCUCGACGCCGGCGCCGGCACUACCUGGAGCUUCAAGAGCGCCGAGAACGGUCGCGUAUAUAGGAGAUCGGAGGGUUUAGCUAUCGCGAGCUUGGAGAUGUUCAAGGCUGGAUUGUUCUCCGGGAACCCGAACAACAAAUUCCAGGUGGACAAAGAUGGUCUCCGAAAGCUCACCGUCGAGCAAUUGGCCAAGGGUAUGCAAUCGCGGCCCGGGAGCGAGGUCGCCGGCAUAGAAGGUAGAGCGCAACUCCUGAUCCGGCUAGGCAGCGCGCUGGAGGAGAAGACCGAAUAUUUCGGCGAUGAUGGACGGCCUGGUAAUUUGAUCGAAUUUCUGACCGGAUUGGUAUGCGCAGACUAUCUCCUCGCCCACCCGACGACGCAAGCCACUUCAAAUCCCAUCGUAGUUCUUCCUGUGCUCUGGAAUGCGCUCAUGUCCGGACUCGCCCCAAUAUGGCCUUCGUCGCGAACGGCAAUCGAUGGCGUCUCGCUCGGAGACGCAUGGCCCUGCUCCUCGAUGCCGCAGCAGACGCCGUCGCCCACAUCUCCCAAUCUAUCCCCCUUCCCCAACGCGCAGGGUGCCGCGGCUUGGGAAUCCAUACUACCUUUCCACAAGCUCACGCAAUGGCUCACGUACUCGUUGAUGCAGCCCAUGCAGACCCUCCUACGGAUCCAGUUCGCCGGCACCGAGCUGCUAACCGGCCUACCGGAGUACAGAAAUGGCGGUUUAUUCAUCGACCUCGGCGUCCUGACGCUCAAGAGCGACGACAACGAGCGCGGCCUGCAACACUACAACGACUACUGCCGACGGACGGGCACUAAGGGCGUGGAGGUAGCGCCUAUGUUCGAGCCGGGCGACGACGUGAUCGUGGAGUGGAGAGGUGUUACCGUGGGUUUCCUCGACAAACUCCUAGUCGAGGUCAAUAAGGCUCUUAAGAGAGAGCUCAAUGGCGGCGAGCUCACGCUGGCGCAAUUACUUGAGGCGGGAAGCUGGAAGGGCGGCCGCGAGAUCGCGGAAGUCAGCCGACCAAAUACAAAGGAACCGCCUAUCCUGAUCGACUCGGACGGGACUGUAUUCUAACACGGAGGCCAUCGUCAUCCCCCUAUCGUGUUUCUUCUCAUCUGUCAUUUUUAACCUCCCUUCCCUUUCCCUUCAUAACUAGUGUAUUAUGAGAUAUUAAACAAAAAAAGGUCGCCGGACCUGGUUAGACAUGUUUUGGGACUUCAUACCCCCUUUCUUCCCUUACUAUGCACGCGCUCUUAGCUUCGAAGCGCGGGUCAUUCUCAAAAGCCGGUUUUCGAAAAAAUACAAUACCACUACCACCACCUACUUGGCUAGGGCUCUCCUAAUUACUAGAGAUUAAAAAGAAGAAAUAAGGUCGAGGAAAAAAUCAAGGAAAAUUCAAGCAGGUUAUAGGUGCCGUCUCAUGGAUGGGACGUGGCGACAACACCCUCGUC